CACCAUUCUCCAGUCACAGUCAAACUGAUGCCCACGUGCGUUGUGGCUCAGUAUAAAGCCAAUGGGAACUUGUCUUGGAGUGAACGCAGCUCUGAAGGCUCCUUUUUCAAAGCAGAGAAGAGUGGUCAACACAGAUAAGAGGACAAGAUUUCCUUUCAAGACUGCAAAUAAAUCACAGCAGUUUACAACUAACUGAAGUUUUGUUUUGCUGGAUAAAAUAUUUUGUUAAUCGCUUGUGCUGUUUUUUUGUCCCUAGAGAAGAAUUCUUUAUUGUCGUAUUCCCAAAAGACAAAACUUUGAGUCAACAUGUUUCCCACCGAGACAUGGAAUGCUUCGGGGCUGCUGCUGAACGACUCAACAGGGAACUUGUCCUUGGAAGAUGUGGAGGAAGGGGGGCAGCACCCAUUCUUGACGGACGCCUGGCUAGUGCCUCUCUUCUUUUCCCUCAUCAUGCUGUUGGGGCUCAUAGGCAAUUCUCUGGUCAUCUAUGUCAUUUCCAAGCACAGGCAGAUGAGAACCGCUACCAACUUCUACAUUGCUAACUUGGCCGCCACAGAUAUCAUCUUCCUGGUGUGCUGUGUGCCAUUCACAGCCACCCUCUACCCUCUCCCGGGCUGGAUCUUUGGGGACUUCAUGUGCAAAUUUGUUGCCUUUCUUCAACAGGUAACGGUCCAGGCCACAUGCAUCACGUUGACGGCCAUGAGUGGCGAUCGUUGCUACGUGACUGUGUAUCCUCUGAAAUCUUUACGUCACCGCACCUCCCGAGUUGCCAUGAUUGUGAGCAUCUGCAUCUGGAUUGGCUCCUUCAUUCUGUCCACUCCAAUCUUCCUGUACCAGAGGCUCGAGGAUGGCUAUUGGUAUGGGCCCAGGCAAUACUGCAUGGAACGCUUCCCCUCUAAGACCCAUGAAAGGGCCUUUAUUCUAUACCAGUUCAUAGCCGUCUACCUGCUGCCUGUUCUCACCAUUUCAUUCUGCUACUCCUUCAUGUUGAAGAGGGUUGGCCAGCCAACUGUGGAGCCUGUGGACAAUAAUCACCAGGUGCACCUGCUCUCUGAACGAACCAUUUCCAUCAGAAGCAAGAUUUCUAAAAUGGUCGUGGUCAUUGUUGUGCUCUUCACCAUCUGCUGGGGUCCUAUUCAGAUCUUUGCCCUCUUCCAGUCUUUCUACCCCAACUUUAAGGUCAAUUAUGCCACAUACAAGAUCAAAACAUGGGCCAACUGCAUGUCUUAUGCCAACUCUUCAAUCAAUCCCAUUGUGUAUGGCUUUAUGGGGGCUAGCUUUCGCAAGUCCUUCAGAAAGACCUUCCCCUUCCUCUUCAGACACAUGGUGAGGGACAGCAGCAUCAACUCCCGCACAGCAAAUGCCGAAAUCAAGUUUGUCGCAACAGAGGAGAGCAACACUGAGAGGAAAUGAGUAGCUAGCAGUUCCUGACAGAAGACAGCUAGCAGCUUUAUGGUAUUCUGGCUAAACAGUGAAAACAUAGCCACAUGGUUCAUUACUCAAGUGCUGGCACAUACUGUGUUGAAGCAUGCUGAGGAAUUUGGAAAAUAAAGAGUGAGUCCUCCAGGGUGAGUGAUGAGGAAGGGUAGAAUGAGAUGUUAAAGUAAAUUUAGCGCUACAUGUUUACCCUUUGCUAACUGCAGGAUGUGACAUUUCAGUCCAUUUACAUCAAUUUUGUUGAACAUUAACCAGCAUGAAGACAGAUUGAACACUGUUUUCAAGUUCUAUCCAGCACAAUGGCUGAUCCAACUGCUCCACAGGUGACUGCUACCGCUAGUAUCGCAUGUUAGCUUUGAAAGGCAAGAUCUAUGAUGUGAAUCAAUAGUGCUUAAAUGGGGCUGUAAGUCAAACAGGAAAGGCUAAUUCUAAGUCAAUGGAAUGAAUGUCCUGCCAACAGUGAUAUGUAGGAACCAGCCAGAGAGGAUGUUGGCUAAGUGACCUGUGGAGGCUUGUGACUCAUUCAUUUUGUUGCAGACAUACUCCAACACCUCCCUCUGUACCGGCAUACAGAUUUCCACCGAAGGCUUAUCUUGACGGGUGUUAUUGACAUUCCCUGCACAUUCUGCCUUCUGACUCAGCCAGGCGAGGUGUUUUUAUUUUUACAGCACGGACUAACAGAUUUCACUGCAUACUACGGUUCUACACACGAAACCUUGUAAAUGCAAUUAAUGGCACAGUGCUAGCUUGAGUUGGCAAUGUACUCUCCACUUACCUAGCAAGGAUGUUAUGGUUUACUCUUUGAUGGUCAUGUAGGCUAAGUUCUCAUAAAAUCAAGCUAAUACUAUUCUGGUGAAAACUUUUCCAAAAAAAUGUAAUUUGGUCUUAUGGUUGCUGCCAUUUCAAAAAUAUCCACUAAGUAAGUUUAUAUACUAAAAGUAAUAGACAAAAUUAGACUAAGGUAGCUCUUCAUCUAGUUUUCCUGACAACAAGGUAAUGCAAUACCAAACUUAACAAUAUAGACAUUUGAUAUUUAAGUCUUAUAAAUCUUAGGGUUAAUAUUUUUUCUAAGUGCAUGUGACUGCAUUUUGCAUUUAUAAGUUGGACUCUGUAGCUAAAAGCUUUUAACGCUGAACUUUAUAAACUAUGUAGCAUACCUUUAGCAUAGUCCCUUUUAGCCGUAGAAAUGCCUUAAUGAUUGCAUUUAUAGUGUUCUUGAAUCUGUCCUUGAACUUUUCCAUUCGGGUAUCUUCUUUUUGUCUUUUUAUUUUCCUUUGCCACCGCAGAAGGAGAGGAAAUGGACCAUGCAGGGGGAAACAGAAUAAUGUGAAGCACUUGCUUUUGUUGCUGUUUGUGAAAGUUCAUCCUGAUUAAAUAUUCAUUUUGUCCAAUUAUCAUUCUCUAAGAAUUCACAGAGGAUUCAUUUUAACAGUGUUAUUGUUUGUGAAUGUCAUUGUAAAAAAAAUAUUUUUUUUUUUUGAGGGAAAGUUUUUUAUACAAAAUUCAAACCCUCCAUGUUUUUUCCUACUUCCUGUUAAAUGCAACCGUAUAAUCAUGUUAACUGUCUUCAAAUCAUCAUAACAAUGGAGAUUGGUGAUUAUUCAAAUGACGGAAAUUACUCAUCAGAUGAGGAACACAAGAAGCUGAAAGCUAACAUUAGCAAGGUACCUACAUGGCUAUUUAGAUGCCUCAACUCAGUUUGGCUUCUUUUUCUGACUGAAAUGGUAGCUGUGGCAUCCAUGUUGUGCUAACUAAAGACUGAAUAGCUGUUGUUCAGGCGAGAGUAACACAUGUGCUUGCUUUAAUUUGACCAGAUUUCUGAAAUAAAAACAAGGGACAUUUC